AUGGAUCCGCAAGAAAUCAUUAUUCAUAUCUAUUCCAAUGAUUAUUACUUAGAAGAUGAUGAAAAAGUCACUUUUUCUUUGUCAAUUUUUGGCGGUUUUGACACUCAAAAUUCCCUAUUAAAUCCAAUCAAAAUUGAAAGGGAAAGAAACAAUAUACAAUGUCCAGGCAACUGCAGUGGACUUGGCCAAUGUGUUGACAAUGGAAUAUGUGAAUGCGAAGAAGGAAGAAGAGGAAUUUAUUGUCAAAACAAAAUGAGAUUACUUUAUUAUUUUAAUGCUAUUUGGGCAACAAGAAUUUACGAUGUUUACGAUGAAGAUGUUGAAUAUCUUUAUUUCCAACUUCCUCAACAUCAUACAUUUGAUAUUGUUUUGUCUACUAAUUGGCAUACAAAUGCUGUUUAUAAUAUGAUUGUUUCUGUAACAGAUGAUAGUUACGGAAUAUCAGGAAAAGGAAGGAAAUUCAUGUUCAGAUGUGAUCCACAACAUUAUAAUGGAUGGUAUGGAACUGAUGAAAUAAUUACUAAAAAUAAUAGAACAAUUAUUUUGGGUUGUUAUAAUUUAAACAGAGGAGAAAGUCAUGGAAAACUGUAUAUUGAUUUACAUUAUCAUACAACACCAAAUCCAACACCAAUCGCUACUCCUACUCCUCCUGCUACUCCUACUUUAGCUCCUACACAAACCCCUUUCGUAACUCCUAUAGAAACUGCUUAUGAAACUCCUUACAAAACUGCUUUCCAAACAGCUUAUCAAACACCUUAUUACACUGAAAGUUUUACUCCUUUUGUUACUCCUUAUGAAACUGUUUCUGUCACUCCUUAUUUAACAGCUGAUUUAACUCCUUUCCAAACUGUUUCUAAAACACCUUUUGAAACUUUUGUUGGAACACCUUUUAUUACUCCUGAUGUUUCUAAAGCUGUUACACCUUUCAUUACACCAUUUACAACAUCAGAAGAAACUCCAUAUUCAACUGCUUCAGAAACACCAUAUGAAACAGUUUUUCAGUCACCAUUUGUUACAUUUGUUUCUACACCAUCAUUUACCUUGAAAGAAACAGCAUUUGAAACAGCAUAUUCAACACCAUCAUCAACUGUUUCUAAUACACCAUAUUCAACACUCCAAAGUACUCCAUCAGUUUCACGAACACCAGCACGAACAAUCUUUGUUCCAAUUGAUUCAACAUCAUCCGAUGGUAAUGACGACAACAGUCAAAAAGAACAUUCAAAUAAGAAGAAUAAUGUUUCAUCACUUGUCGGCAUUAUUGUUGGAUGUCUUGUUGGUUUAAGUCUUCUCAUUGUUUUGUCCGUUGUUUUGUACCGUCACUUUAAAUCAGAAAGUUCUUCAUUAACAGACAUCGAAAACAAAACAGAAGAAACUAAAAUCAUCAACUCAGAUGAAGAAACAUAUCUUCAAACUACUAUUGAAACCAUCCCUCAAUCAUUCAUUUUCACUACAGAGCUUGAUGACGAUGAUGAUGCUUCAACUGACGAUCCAUUUAAUUUCUACAUUUAA